CCGCACGACUUCCGGUCCCGGGGAAGCUGAGGGAGCCGGAAGUCCGCUGGGCUCCGGGCUUCGCGAUGGAAGAGAGCGACUAUGAGUCGGUGCUCUGUGUCAAGCCGGAGGUCCAUGUCUACCGCAUCCCACCGCGGGCCACCAACCGUGGCUACAGGGCCUCGGAGUGGCAGCUGGACCAGCCAUCAUGGAGUGGCCGGCUGCGGAUCACUGCAAAAGGGAAGGUGGCCUACAUCAAGCUGGAGGACAAGACCUCAGGGGAGCUCUUUGCCCAGGCACCAGUGGAUCAGUUUCCUGGCUCAGCAGUGGAGGGCGUGACAGACUCCAGCAGGUACUUCAUCGUCCGCAUCGAAGAUGAAAAUGGGCGAAGGGCAUUUAUUGGAAUUGGCUUUGGGGACCGAGGUGAUGCCUUUGACUUCAAUGUGGCAUUGCAGGACCAUUUCAAGUGGGUGAAACAGCAGUGUGAGUUUGCAAAACAAGCCCAGAACCCAGACCAAGUCCCCAAAUUGGACCUGGGCUUCAAGGAAGGCCAGACCAUCAAGCUCAGCAUUGCAAAUAUGAAGAAGAAGGAAGGAGCGGCUGGGACUCCCCGAGCCCGGCCUGUCAGCACGGGAGGAGUGAGCCUGCUUCCCCCACCCCCUGGGGGCAAGGCCUCCACCCUGGUCCCACAUCCUGGGGAGCAGUUGUCGUUGGGGGGGUCACCUGUCCAGCCGGCAGCUGCUCCUGGUUCAGGUCAACUUCCAGCCAGAUGCAGCCGGGCACAGGCUGGGUUCAGUUCUGAACAGAGCACAGCUUUUUCUGACGCUGCGUGUGGGAAGGAGCUGCUGUGUCCCGGCGCGGAAUGGAGGCAGUGUGCCCUGGCUGGCUCCCGCAGCAUCCUCUCCUCUCUCUGCUGGCUCUUGACAGACUGGCCCUGUGGGGCAGUAAACUGGCCCCACAUCAGUGUUUCCGGAAUUCGACUGUGCAGCUAGAGCUCCAGAGAAGAAACUCCAGGACCCCUACCCGGUCCCUCUUGAGACCGUUCUUCAUUGCAGAGACCCGCAUUAAACAUGAGCCCCAAAAUCAACAGAAUGGGUUAAGUUUGCGGCUCAGACUCAGAGCAGCCCUGCUUGGGGUACAGGUGUCGCGGGGUCACUUGGCGGGGAGCUUUCUACACUUCUCUUGGUGGUCGUCACUCAGUCAGGUGCCCUUCAAAGGAUCCCCGCCUCAUUUCUAGUGGGUCCGCGGGCUGAGCUUGAACAGGCCAUCGGGGAAAAUGGAAGGAGGAGUAAGCAUCUUUUUUUUUUGGUACCAGGGAUCGAACGCGGGACCUUAUGCUUGUGAGGCAGUCAUCGGCACCGCUGAGCUAAAUCCCUGGCCCUGCUUUUUAAAAUGUACUAUUUUGCUUUGCUAACAUUCAAAUCCGCACUAACUCGUCUUUGCAGUGUGCCAGCACGGAGCUCGGAAGGUGCUGCCCACCCGCUGGCCCAAGCCCACACAGCACUGGUUCCGCUCGCCUGGUCCCUGUCUGCUAGCCAGGUGGGCAGGCGGGGAUGGGGGUGGACAGCGUGUGGCAGGAAGGUGCAAACUUGUCAUGGAGCUGGGCGGCCUUCCUGCCUGCUGGCAGCUCCUGUGGACGUGGACUUUUCUCUGAAGUGCCUUAUCCUCAGGCAGCCUCCUAGCUGACUUCCUCCGUCGGGGACUGGGAAUGACAGACAGAGGGGCAGCGAGUGCUGGAGUCUGGACGGCCAGUUUACAGGGAAACACUUGAUCUGUGUGCACCGUGGAGAUUUCUUUAUUGAAUUAACCUUACCUCUCAGUGAAAAGAUUUCUUUUGUGGAAGGUCAAUAUCAUGAGCUGAAGUGUUGACCUUUCUGUGGGACCAGAUUUUUAAGAAAUAAAUAUUCCUCCUUCUGUCA